AUGUUACCAUUUAUUAAAUUAACCGAGUACCCAUUUGUGAUUUGUACAGUAUGCCGUUAUGCAUAUGUCACCAAGGAGGUUGAAUCGCAUUUAAAGAAGCACCAUAAGAGCAUCAAAGCAGCAGUCAGAAGAGAGAUUACCCAGCAAGUCAGGGAUUUGCCCGGCAUGAUUGAUGACAGAAGAUGGUUGUUAACGUGGCCAACGCCACCGCCGACGACCGACCCGAUCCCAUAUAUCCACCCGCCGGUCCCCGAUAACUUAGGUUGUGGCGAGGAAGGGUGUUGGACCGUGGUUGGCACCCCGCGAGGCAUGCAGGAUCAUUACCGUAAGGAACACGGUUGGAGUAACCCGCGCGGGAGAGGCGGAAGUCAGCAAACGCGGAGGAUACAGGCCCAGCUGGUCCCAUGGCGCACCGGCGUCCAAAGCCAGCGGUUUUUCAGCAACGGGCCGGCCAGUAGUUGGUUCGAGGUCGGGUUUGGGGCGCCGGCCACCCAGACGGCCGAUGAGGCCGCCAUGAUGGAGCGGACGGUGCGUGCCAUGGAGCAGAAGCAAGAGCAGUUCGAGCGAGAGGAUAGAGAGUGCAUCAAAGCCGCCGACGCAAAGACAGAUGCGAACGCGUGGUUAGAGCGUGUAGGAUGGGCCGACCAUUUGCAGGGUUUAGAUCCGGAAGCCAUGAGACAGUUGACAGACCCGGUCGGCGAAGAAGAGCAUGUUUUACAGUUGAUCCAGGACAGUAUCAUGCGGGUCAUGUUGCAGGCACGGAUUACAGCCACGCCCAGCACGGUCGGCAGCCAGGCAUUAUUCGAAGUACAACGGAAGGAGGUAGACAAGAAGCCGCGGCGGCCAUUCGACAACCGAGUCGAAGAAGACACGUGGGCACGGUACACAGCAGUUUGGGUCAAGUUGAUAUGUUAUGUAUACCGUGCCGAGACCAUGGAGGACAACGAGAGGCCCGGGUUCCGAUUAACGAAACGACAGGGGGAUACGAUGGACGAGUUGACGGAGUUAAUAGAGGAGUAUGUUGAAGACCCCGAAGCCAAUCCAUUAGAUGAGGAGCGCGUGGACGAGUUGACGCUGCAGGUCGUUAUGGCAUUGUUGGAUCACAGGUUAACGGCAGGUGAAUACCGCAGUGGUAUUAUCAGUGGGUUGGCCGUGCUGGGCAUCCGCAAAGACGGUGGAUGGAUGGAUGUGAUGGAUUACACGCCCAUGUAUUCAGCCGUGAUCAAAGUAGCGCGGGCCAUGGUCGUGUAUCAGUCGUAUCGGGAGAGGAAGGAAGAGGUGGCCCGAUUACAGCAGGAGAAGGGUUUAGGUGAGGAAGAGGCCGAGGAGGAGGCGACCAGCAUGUUCCGGAUCGUGCGUGAGAAGGUGCAGAGGUUCAUGACGGUGACAUCGAAGGAGACAUACGCCGAGCCGACGCCGAUGGAUUGGAUAUACGAGGCACGCACGUACGGCAUGUAUAUUCGGUUCAACACGCCAGCAGGCGGAACCGUGGAUUGGGAUGGCGACCAUAUCACGUAUAGAAAGACACGGUUCCGGAUGGCCGCGUUGACCGAGAUGUUGCAUGCAUUGACGAGGGAGGCGAGGGAGCAUUUAGCGACGUUGACGAUGGUGGAAGACGUGGACCAGUUACCGCGAAUCCCGUGGAAGGAGGUGGAGGACGAUCACAGUGAGGACCGGAUGGGGUAUUCAUUUUUGACCGAUGAACGGAACCGCGAGUGGGUAAAGAGAGGUAAGAAUUGGGUGAUGAACCAGAUCACCGAUACACAACCGGACGGGCAGGGCCAGGCACGACGCAAGGUGUGGAUCGACAACGGCAGAAGGGACGGAAAGCCAUUCCAGGCCCGGGCGGUACAGUCAUAUGGCCAGACAUUCAACGGGUUCAUGGAACGAAUGUUCAUGUUGAUGUACAUGAUGAGCCAGCCAGCACGGAUACCCGAGAUGUCGGGCAUCCGGCACCAGAACACCAUGAAUGGAGGGGUCAGGAACAUAUUGGCGCACAACGGCAUGAUGUGCGUGGUCACGUUAUAUCACAAGGGAUUCCGGUUGACGGGUCAGGCCAAGGUGAUUCACCGGUAUUUACCGCAUGCCGUGGGAGAGUUAUUGGUGUGGUAUUUAUGGUUGGUUUUGCCAUUUUGGCAGCAGGUUCAGGGUAUCGUCAAAGAUGCCGGUAUCCGCAGCCCGUUGAUGUGGCCGGAUGAAGUGGUACGCAAGGCAGAAGGCAGUAUCGUAGAGGAGAGGGAGGCAAGACGAGCGGCAUUGGAGAGGCACAGUCAGAAUGGCGGCGGCAUGCAUGAAGAAGACGAUGAUAACAGCGGAGGUAGUACAGAGAACCCGCAUGACCCCGAUAACCCCGCGAACGCCGAUGAUAUUGGGUUCCAGAGCUGGGUGCAGGAGCGGAAGUGGACAUCAGACCGGGUCCGUCGAAUCAUCCAACGGCACAGCAGGCGAUUAUUAGGCGUGACGUUAAGUAUCAGUUCAUGGAGGCAGAUUGCGAUCGCCAUAGCCCGUCGGUAUUUGAACGGUGCAUGUAAAGAGUCGACAUUGGAUGGGGAGGAUGAAGAUGACGAUUUGGAUGACAACCCGGUGGAUUUGCAAGCCGGGCACGGAACGCACGUGGCGGGCAUGGUAUACGCACGCGAGUUGCAGCAGGGAUUGUUCAGCACGGCAUCGAUGCGGGACAAGUUCCGAGCCGUCAGCAGGCAGUGGCACCGUUUGUUCGAGUUCCAGGACAGCGAGGAGAGUGGGGCGUCGGCCGCAACCCGGCGAAAACGAGCCCCGUAUGACACGGAGCGUGAGUAUAAUCGGAUGCAGCGGUUCAGACGAUUGCAGCAGGUCGAUAUUGCCGGUCAGUUACGGCAGAUGAUGGGGCCGUCGGCGGCGUUCCGUGGUCAGCAGGAGACGGUGAUCCGGGCGAUCAUACGGGGCGAGAGUCCGAUUAUCCAGAUCGCAGGCACAGGUGAGGGCAAGAGUAUGUCGUUUUUAUUACCAGCAUAUUGUGCCAACGACAACGGCGGGACGACAAUCGUGAUCGUGCCGUUGAUUUCAUUACGGGAUGAUUUACACGGUCGUUGUGAUAAGAGCAAAAUCGGGACAUAUAGUUGGAAGAGCCGCGAGGGACACCAGAUUGCCCCAAUUAUAUUCGUGACGCCCGAGUCAGCGGUGACGAAGGAGUUUGGCGAUUUCGAAGUCGGGCCGGAAGAGGAUGCAGAAGACAGGCAGGUUGUCAAGACGGUACGAGAUUGGUUAUAUCAACACAGUAACGGCCGAGUUAUCGUAUAUGCAAGCACGAUCGAACGGGUUGAGCGGUUGGGGGAAAGGUUGGAGUGCGAUGUAUAUCAUUCAAAAGUAGAUACAGCAGUCGGUAAGGAGCAACGAUUACGAAUGUGGAUCGAAGGUGGGCAUUUAAUUGUGGCGACAAAUGCGUUGGGGUUAGGCAUAGACGUGCCAGACGUUCGGUUGGUCAUACACGCCGGCAUGCCGAGUCGAUUACGGGAUUACGUGCAAGAGAGCGGACGGGCGGGAAGAGACGGUGAGCCGAGUGAAGCAAUUGUCGUGGUAUGCCGGCCAAAGGGAAGAGAACGAGAGGAUAAGGCCGACAAAAAGAAGGUCGAGCGAGCACGGGCGACGAUAAGCAGCAGUUGGCCGCCGAAAGAGGCGGCGGUAGAGAGGUUUAUCAGCGGAAAGUGGUGUCGCCGUGUGGUAUUGGAUCAGAUGAUGGAUGGUCGAUUGGAUCGCGCGGGUUGCGACGACAAGGUGGAAGAGAUAUGCGAUAUAUGCCGGCGACAGAGAGAUCAGUUGAUGUUUGAAGCGGAUAUAUCGUGGGUUGAGAACGAGGACACAGGUAGUGGGAAAGGCAUGGAAAUGGCAGAUCAAUAUGGAGGACAGGUAACAGAAGGAGAGAUCCAGGCACGAUUUGAGCAGGCCGGGCGGAGCAUACGAUACGAGCAAUUCAAGGCGAGGCAAGACGAGAUACGCAUCCAUCAGGAGGUGGAGACAUUCGAGCAAGAGUUGGGACAUAUGGUCGGCCGGUGCAUAGGUUGUUUCAUGGCAACAGGCGUUAUAGAGGAAGAUCAAUUACACAGGAGAGAUGAGUGCCCGUUAUGGGACAAGAGAUGGUGGGAUGACAUGGCGCGAGCGGAAGAGAAGUGGCAGAAAAGCAUGUUUACAAAAGGGGUCAUGGCGGAUCAUUCCGGUUGUUUUUGGUGUGGCAUGCCGCAAGCGAUUUGCACACAUUGGGAGCCGUUGGACAACGAUCAAGGAAGAUUCAAGUUAAAGAAGGAUGGGCAUGCGUUUUUUGGGUUUAGGGCCGAAGACCGCGUAGAGCGCAGUGGCGGGAUGGGAUUGAAGCGAGGUCAGAUAGAGUUUGAAAUAGAGCGAGAAGAGAUACGGAGGCGGCGGUUCGAGCGAUUGCAUAGGGCCGAUAUGAGAGGGCAGUUAAAGCAGAUGAUGGGCGAGUCAGCCGAGUUUCGAGGGUUGCAGGAGGCCGUAAUCCGAACCGUGGUGCGCGGGGAUGGGCCGAUUGUGCAGAUAACGCCGACCGGAGGUGGCAAGAGUUUGACAUUCAUGUUGCCGGCGUUUUGCACGCCGGACGGCAUGACAAUUGUGGUGACGCCGUUAGUGGCAUUAGAGAACGACAUGGAGGAGCGGUGCAGAAAGAUGGGGAUUGACGGAUAUGUGUGGAAGAGCCGGGGAGUGCAACGGGGUGCAUCAUUGGUGUUCGUGACGCCGGAAUCGGCCGUGACGAAAGGGUUCCGAUCAUUCGUGGAGAGAAUGCAUGGGCAGGAAAAGUUAGACCGGGUCAUGGUGGAUGAGUGUCACACGGCAUUGGAGUGGACGAAAACAUUCCGGCCGCGGAUUGGGCAGUUGGGGUCAGCAUUACAGGAGUUCGGGUUACAGGUCAUUUGUUUAACGGCGACAUUGAAGAGGACAGAAGAGCGGUUGUUAUAUGCACAGUUAGGGUUUGAAGCCGAACGCGUGCGUUUAUUCCGAGAACGAACGACACGGCGGAAUAUUGAGUACCGGGUGGAGAUCAUUGAGGAUAGGGAGGGGGAAGGAGUAGGCCGCCGCAGUGGUGGUCAGCGAUCGGCGCAGGAAGGGGCAAGACGAUGGAAGCAGAAUGGAUCAGCAGCAAAGAACAACAAAGGUGAAGAGGAGGAUGAGGUUAUAGAGCGUGUUUGUGAAGUUGUAAAGACGUGGACAGAAGUAAAUCACAAUGAGGGAAAAGUGGUUAUAUAUGGAGGCACAAUCGAGAGGGUGAAGAAGAUCGCAGCAUCAUUAGAUUGUGUUGGGUAUUGGAACAAGGCGGGAAGUGCGGAGGAUAAAGCAAGAUGGAUGGAGGAGUGGAGAACAAGUGUUGGGGGAAAGUCCGGUUGGAUCGUCGCGACAAACGCAUUGGGAUUAGGGGUUGAUGUGCCGGACGUCAGGUUAGUAGUUCAUGCGGGAAUGCCGCGCAGAUUACGAGAUUUUGUCCAGGAAAGCGGUCGAGGGGGGCGGGAUGGAAAGAGGAGCGAGUCCGUUGUCGUAGUGCAGAGUUCAUGGAUGAAAGAACAGCAGGAGAUUUGGACAAAGAGGAGAGAGGAGAGAGAUCGAGGCGGGGACAAUGGUGUCAGUGAGGAGGGUGCGGUCAGCAAGCAGGCGUAUGAGUGGGAGGAAGACGUUGUGGAGUUUGUAGAAGGCAAGGAGUGCCGGCGUGAGGUUUUAGACCGCGAGAUGGAUGGGUUUAUGGGACGGGUAGGGUGUGAAGUAGGUGAAGAAGAGCGUUGCGAUGUGUGUAGGGAGCGUGCAUUGCGGAUGGAAGCACAAGUAUCAAGGAGAGGUACAUCAUGGGUCAGCAUACAGAGUGAAGAGGAAGAGGAGUUGGCGAGGGCAGCAGCAGCAGUUGAGGCAGAUUAUGAGAGGAGCAAAAGGUCAAUUCAGUGGGCAGAGAUGGAGCAGGUAGCACGGGUAAUGAAGGAAGCAGAGGACGCGGCAGAUUUCGAGGCGGAGUUAGACGAUUGGAGCGGGCGUUGCAUUAUGCAUGUCCGAUGA